ACACAAAGCAUAUUCCCUUCUUUUCUCCGUCUCUUUCCCUUUCUCUCUCGUUUCGCCGAUAACGACGUCGUUUACGGCCACAUUCACGAAUCACGUCGCCGAAAGCCUAACCGUUUGCUUCGCAUUCAAUUCCCCGAUCCAAACAUUCCUUCUCCGUUUUCGUUUUUUUUUUUUUUUCUGAUUUUCAGAUUUUCCUUUCGGCGAGAAAAAAAAAAACUCUGCAAAUUGUUCAAUCGAUCUUGUGAUUUCGUGAUUGGUUAUCGACGAUGAAGAACGAUUGGUUAUCUUCGAUGGAUUCGGAUUCGGAUUUAUUUUCUUCGUUGGAUCCCUUCGUGUUUCGCAAAUUUUUGGGGUCGCAUUUGCUGCAUUCGUUUGUGGACAAUUCUAAAAGCUUCUACGUUCCAGGAAGUUCGGCACUGGAGGAAGCGUUUGGACACAUGUCGAGACUAGCGGGCGCGUUGUUGUUGUGGUUCUCUGGCGCGUCGAGUUCCAAUGUGGCUCAGGACAUAGCGCGUUCCUUGCGUGGUGGUUCUAGUAUGCAGGUGAAGGCUGUGACGAAUGUGAGUGGUUUUGGGUUUCCGUUUAGAUCGAAGAGGAAACCUUUUGCGCCUGUUACGUUGGGUAAGAUUUCGAGUUUUGCGAUGAGGGUGAUAUGGAGAGAAGCUAAGAGGAUCCAAUCGUACCCUGUUCUAUCGCUUGCUGCUGCAUUGGUCCCGCCAAUUCAGAAUCUGUCGUCAAAUGUACUAGCUGGCCCAUUGCAGAAUCCUGAAGUGCAAAUGCAUGGAGCCAUGGACCAAUUGCCUAAGGAGGUUGAACGCCAAGGAUGUCCUCGUCUAUUGUUAGGGGAAUUGAACCAGGCAAAACCUGCAGUGGAGCCUAAAACUGGCAUUGAAUUUCCUUUAGUUCUGGACAAUAUAGCAGCUGGAGAGCAGAAUUCCAGCUUCAACUCUGAGGUCCUGGUUGGAACAGGAUCCAGAACCAUGACAAUUGUUAAAAUCAAGUCACUGAAGGUCUAUGCUUUUGGAUUUUAUAUUCAUCCAUAUUCCCUCUGUGAGAAAUUGGGCCCAAAAUAUGCAUCAAUUUCAGCUGAUGAACUGAAUAAUCGACAUGAUUUCUACCAGGAUCUACUCAGGGAGGAUAUCAAUAUGACUGUUAGGCUUGUUGUAAAUUGCAGGGGUAUGAAAAUUAACAGCGUGAAAGAUGCUUUUGAGAAAUCACUUCGAGCUCGAUUAGUGAAGACAAAUCCGUCCACAGACUUUCAUUGCCUAAGGACAUUUGGUUCAUACUUUACAGAGAAUAUCGCAAUACCUUUGGGAACUGUGAUUGAGUUCAAACGAACAGUUGAUGGACGUCUGAUCACUGAAAUUAGUGGCAAUCAGAUAGGAAGUGUCCACAGCAAAGAUUUGUGUCGGGCUUUCUUUGACAUGUACAUUGGAGAUGUCCCCGUGUGCGAACAAACUAAGAAAGAGAUCGGCAUGAACAUUGCAAAUAUUAUUACGAGGUGUUAAACCGAUUCAUUUUUAUCCAGUUGUCCUGCUUUUAGAAUGGACAAUUGGACUUGGGUGGCAUAGCAUAUUCCCUAGCUUAUAGCAGAAGCAGUUGUUUCAUAAAAUUGAAUUCAAUCUGCUUUAAAAAUCAUUUGCAGGAAUUACUUUGAAACAUAGGAGUCUUAGGAUAGAUAGAUUAAAUUGGGUUGUCAUUGGAAAAAUCUUUCUGUUCCAAUUAAUUUAUAUAUGCAUCGCUUUGAUGCCCCUAUCUCUCCUGUUUGGUGUAUAAUCUUAUUUUAGACAAUGAAAGAAAGAGGUAAGAAAUUUGUACCCGUCUGGUCAAGCAAAUAAGUAAUGAUAAAUUUC